CUACGUUGAUGUCAAACCUACCGAAAACAGUGUUGGAAGAAAUGGAAGUUGCCUUGUUAACAGCGAGUAGUACUGUCCUUUCUACAUGCAUGGCAAAAAUCCAAAAGGCCCAUGAUUAAUGAAGGAUAUAAAAACAGCCUCUUAUUUCCAAGCAGGAUCGGCAGCGUAUUUCAUGAAAGGCCGUUUCAGUGUAUUCCGAGGAGACGGAAAAAGCUACUAAUUUAAGGAAGGUGGUGGGUGGUGUUGGGUCUUGCUGCAGAGAGCGUUCUGGAGAGACAUGGUGGGACCAGCGAGGCCUCAGUUCGUUCUCUUCGGAUCCUCCAUAGUCCAACUCAGCUUCGGCCAUGGCGGUUGGGGUGCCACUCUCGCUGACAUCUACGCUCGCAAAGCAGACAUUUUGUCGCGAGGGUACUUUGGGUGGAACUCACGGCGUGCGCUUGAGGUCCUUGAUCAAGUUUUUCCAAAGGAUGCUGCUCUACAGCCUUCUUUGGUGAUAGUUUAUUUUGGCGGUAAUGAUUCUAUGGGGCCUCACUCAUCUGGCCUAGGCCCUCAUGUACCACUUCCUGAAUAUAUUGAGAACAUGAGAAAGAUUGCAACUCAUCUCCAGAGCCUUUCAGAGAAAACACGCAUCAUUUUCUUAAGUUGUCCCCCUGUCAAUGAGGCCAAGGUUCGUGGAAACACAAGUCAGAUUUUUAGCGAGCUAGUUAGAACAAAUGAGUUAUGCCAAAGCUACUCAGAAGCUUGUAUAAAGCUGUGCCAAGAAAUGGGUGUGAAGGUCAUAGAUCUUUUUACUGCACUUCAGAAAAGAGAUGAUUGGAUGGAUGCUUGCUUCAUAGAUGGGGUUCAUUUAUCAGCUGAAGGGAGCACGAUAGUUGUUAGGGAGAUACUAAAGGUGCUCAAGGAAGCUGACUGGGAGCCAUCUCUACACUGGAAGUCCAUUCCGACUGAAUUUCCAGAGGAUUCAUCAUAUGAUCUUGUUGCUGCUGAUGGAGUGACAACAUUAAACCCAUCGGAGUGGACUUACUACUGGGAGAAUCAGUGGGACUAGUUUGUCGAGAUGUGGUAGACCUCAUGCAGAGCUGUCUGCUAGAAAUUGAAGAAUGAAGAAGAUCUUGAAUAAGACAUUCAAAAAAACAAUCAAGGGAGAGAAGGAAGAGAACUUGAAACUUUUAUUAUUUUUUCUCGAUUUGUUCUUGUAAAGGUUACAUAUCAAUUUGGCAAUGUUAUAUGGAUCGAAUAUUGUGCCAAGUCGGCUCUAGCCUUUGCCAGGUGCGUGACUCCUCGAGUUCACGCUUGACUUCUUUCAAUGCACUAUUUUAUUGAACUCUUUUCAUUUA